GUUAAAUAAAAAACGUAGAAUUUUGACGGUGUCACAUGAAGAACUUAUCCGUUCCGUAGGGAAUUUAAGAAUUGGAUCGCGCCAGAGGCCAGAACUUAACCUCGCGUUGUUUCUCUGCUACUAUCGGAUCUUCCCCAAAUCGAACAUGCAGGCCAGUGAUAGAUUUAACAUCAAUUCCCAGCUUGAGCACCUGCAGGCUAAAUAUGUGGGAACUGGGCAUGCCGACUUAAAUAGAUUUGAAUGGGCCGUGAACAUUCAGCGUGAUAGCUACGCAUCAUAUGUUGGACAUUACCCCAUUCUAGCUUACUUCGCUAUAGCAGAAAAUGAAUCCAUUGGAAGGGAACACUACAAUUUUAUGCAGAAAAUGCUAUUACCUUGCGGCCUUCCUCCAGAAAGGGAAGAUGAUUGAGAUUUGAGAUCUUGUUAGGUCGUAAUCAGAGAUUGUUACACUCUGGAUCUUUGUGUGGGGUUAAUGAACUUUUCCUUUUGUUAGCUAACUCUGUUACGAAGUGACCAAUGGGAAGUGUGAUCUAUUUUAUCUUGUAAUGCUUCCGUCUCAUUAUGAAUUAGUUUCCAUCUAAUCUGCAAGACCACCUACUGUACCCUAUUAUUCUCAUUCGUUUUUUCAAGGAAAGAUCCAUCUCAGUCAUAGUCUGGAAGAACGCUUCCAUUUUCAGAUAUAUAAAUUCUGCUUUGUUUUGUUUUUUUCCCCCCCUACAAGACCAUGAACUUAAUUUGAUAGCUAUGGAUGCUGGAUUUUGUCCCAGUCAGUCGGUGAUUAUUCUCAGUCGGUUUCACAAUUUCAGGAAUUAAUGUGUACCUACUGAGAUUACUUGUAACAGGACCGCAAUGAAAUUAUGUGAUACGUCCUGUGCUAAUUAAUACGAGUGGGCUGUCUUGUUUAUUUGGUCCCUGAUAAUGAGAAUUUUCCAUGUUCGGCAUGGUGCUAAAUGAAAGGAGGACCGUCAAGUACUUGCUCAUGGAACUGCCUCCUAGUUGACUUCCAGGAAGAUUUUGGUUUGGCAAGAUGUGCCUCUCCUAAUCCCAGACUAUUGCCCAUCAGUUCUCUGGUGUGAAUCUACCAAAAUGGAAAGCAGAUUCAAGUGAAAGGUUAAUAAGAGGACAUGUGGGUCCAGCAUUGGUCUGUGCCAAUUCAAUACUAUCAUUAAAUGUCCAACUGGUAUCAACGUUUUGUUUGUCCCCUUCACUAACGAAAGCUACGGUUCAUGUUCUGGAAAAUGCAAGCACACAUGCUCUCAGUCUGACAAAGAUAAAGUUUAAAGGAGGGGAGUUUCUAUACUGACCAUGCAAAUUGCUAGAAUGUUUUGGGACUGUUGAAUCCACUACUUAACUCAAGACUGUGAACCACAUACUUGAGCAAAUUUUGACGGCAUAGCUACCCAUCAUUGGACCAAUAUAUUUUAUCACAUGCUAUCAUUAACCUAGGACUUCAUCAACUCAGUUUUGACAAGGUAUGAACCCAUACUCGAUGAUGUAUGACAUUCAAUAGACAUCUGUUAACUCCUGAUAUUAUCUUUGUGAAUUGUAGCAUAUUUCAAACUUUUUACUAGAAAAGAAUUUCAUGUCAAUCAUAAUAUUAUUUUUUUGAAUCAAAGGAUAUUUCAAACUUUUUAUUAUAAAAGAAUUUCAACUCUAAUUCUUAUACGGAUUAGACCAUAAACUUGAUUNAAAAAAAAAAAAAAAAAAAAAAAAAAAAAAAAAAAAAAAAAAAA